AUUUGUAGCGGAAAUUUUUGCGUCCGUGCGUUUCUAAGUUCAUAUGCAUAAACAAAACACCCCACAUUAUCUUUCCCUCACAUAUCCGCGGCCACAAUUUUCCCGAUAAAGAAACAACACCCAACUAUGGCAUCUUCGCUAAUCGCUUCUCAAGCUCUCCCGCUUCGACGGCCCCUCCUCCCUCCGAAGCCCCACCGCCCACUACCUUCCCCGCCCCUCCUCCGUUUCUCCACCGUCAAGUCUCCAAAUCUUGGCCUUAGGGUUUUAGCUUCUUCAUCGCCUUCCACUUAUUCAUCAAAACUUUCCCAUCAAUCGCAAGAAAUCCCGAUUGCAUCACUCCUUACCGGCCCGACCCGGAUACUUGCAACUAUUCUCUCUGUUUCCCUUGCAUUUUCGACCUUAAUUGUCAAACUGGUUCAGAAUGUUUGGCCGAUUUUGAUUCCUCAAUGUCUCGUAAAUCCCUGUGCUGGGCUCGGUGCCCUCCAGCCGGCCGGCUCCUUGUUCUUCGCCGCUUUACGUGAUCGCCCCGGUGGAUAUCUCAAUACGCCUUUGACGGUGGUGGCUGCAGGGUUGGCCAAAUGGCUGGAUAUUUACAGUGGGGUUUUGAUGGUUAGGGUUUUGCUGAGUUGGUUCCCCAACAUCCCUUGGGACCGGCAGCCACUCUCUGCAAUUCGGGAUCUUUGUGAUCCGUACUUGAACCUGUUUCGGAAUAUAAUUCCUCCAAUAUUCGAUACCUUGGAUGUUAGCCCACUUUUGGCUUUUGCGGUUCUGGGCACAUUAGGGUCAGUUCUGAACAAUAGCAGGGGCAUUCAUUGAAGGAGGCGAUGAGUGGAUUUGGUUGGCUGAUUGGUUAGUGGCGGAAUUUACGACGAGUAAGGUGGAAGAUAUGCGAAAUAGACAAUCCAAAAUGAAAACUACCUUCUCUAGUUUUGCUUCCACGUGAAUCUUCACCUUCAGGUGUGGAUGGAUGGGGGAAAUAACCCAAAAUAAUAAUGUAGUUGGAGAACGGGCAGGUAUCUUGAAGUUGAGCUUGAUUGAUAUGGAAAUUGAAAGUUCCCUUUUUUUCCAUUUCUUCACGGCUUUGAUUUCACGCAUAUUUUCAUUGUGCAAGGGAACGGCUUGAAAGUUGAAUGAGCGAAUAUGGGAUUUCGCUUGUACUGGUCUGUUUGGUGUAUCAGAGGCAAGUAAGAUGUGACAUACCACCACACACUUUCUAAUUUGGAAUCCUGAUUCCUAAGAUUGGCUUGAAUUCGACCUACUCCCCACUUUAUCUAUGAAUUAGAAUGGAAUUUUGUAUGGACUUGGUUUUUUCUUAUUAGUUAUUAAGGGGGUGUUUUGGCUAGAAGUUGAGUUGUAAAAUUUGUUGUAUAAAAGAGUAAUCAAGCAUAAAAUUGGCACUUUUAUUUUUUAUUUUUUAAUUUUUAUUGUGGAGCCUUCAAAUUCCUUUGAUCAAAGGUGGGGAGUUGAACACCUCUUAAGUGGUUAUCUUAUGGUACAAUAAUGGAGUAUUGGGACUAGUGACUAUCGUCGAUGGUCAAUAGUUAACACAGGAGUCUCUGAUAUUUGAUUCCAAUCACCAAUCAUAGUUUCGGUUGUAGGUCAAUGAUCUCUAGCUCUAGUUGCUAGUAGAGAUCAAUGAUACAAACGACUGACAACCAACUUUGUCAACCACUUAAAUUUGAUUUGAGGUAUUCUUCAUAAUGUAUAGUAAUUGGACACUUGUAGAAACAUUUUUAUUUUUAAUAUAGGGUAAACUAUAUUUUUGAAAAAGAAGUGUAAUGGUACAAUCAAAGUGUUUACAAUUAUUUUUUUUUAAAAUAGAAAAAUGUUGAAAUGAAAAUGUAGUCUUAAAAACCAUUUCUUUUACUGCACAAUUCGAAUAGGCUCUCAUGGUUAGAAUAAAGAAAAAAAUGGGUUAUGGGUUUCAGUAAGAAGAGUACUGUUGUCGAUAACGUGAAGAAGACAAGAUGUAAAGCAAAUAGAUGAUACGUGUAGGGAAACUGGAAGAUAUAGUGUCCACCUUGCAAUCCUUUGGGGAACUUCCCAGAAGCUAAAAACCCCAUCUUCCACUUCACAAACCCAAUCCCCCCGCCCUUAUUUACCCAUAAAACCAUGACAUAAUUAGCAACAUCUCUCAAUAAUGGAGAGAAAGGAGAAUAUGGGUGUUUUUGUUUUGGUAUUAUGGAUAAUGAUGAUGCUGAUUAUCAUUAUUGGUGUUGGGAAGGCUGAUGGAGAAGCACCAAAUAAGAUAGUUUCAGAAACAGUCAAAUCAGCAGAAGCGGCAUCGUCUGCGCCUCCUAAUCCUAACUCUUACUGGAAGAAAGUGCGAAAGCUAGUCAAUAAAGCCUACGCCUAUCUCUUCCCUCCCAAAAUAGAUUUUCGACCAGGAAAGCCCGUGGAAGAUGGCGGAGUGAGUGUGAAUGGGAAUGGGAAUGUGAAGGAAGCUGUUACUAAGAGCUUCCAAAAGACGAAGGAAAUGGUGGAGGAUUCAGCCAAAGCUGCCGCUGAAACGCUUCAAAUACAACAACAACAACAACCAGAUUCAGAACUUUAGAAUCCCAUCCUCCAGGUUUCUUUUCACUUCUUGGUUGUUCUAUACUAUUCUCCCAGUUUAUGUCUUCUCGUUAUUUGUUUUUGGUGGAUGGUAAAUGAUAUGCUCUACAAAUUUUGGACAUUUGAAAAUGGCCAUGGGCCUAAAACCCACUACUCCAAUGGGUCUCACUAGUUUAUGCAUUUGGGCUGCCAUCUCAACCCCAUACAUCAUCCCAUAUUACUUUAGGGGAUGGGUUGGCCUAUGGAGUUGGGAGGGUCGUGUUAGAGGGAGUGCAGGUGUCCUUUGGUCAUGGAGUUUUGUGUACAUAUUAAAAAUAAAAAUAUUAAUUUUAUGUCUUAUUAACUUUUU